AUGGCGUGCAACCUAUGCCUAGUCUGUUUUAGUGUUCUACUUAUCUUUGAAUGCAUUUUUCAUAUAUUUGCGGGAAGUUACUUAAGCUAUCUUCUAUAUCUUGACCAUAAGACAAUUUGGCCAUGGGAGAGAGAGAAACAGCCCUCAGAUAUACGUAUUAAACGAUCUUCGUCGACUGACCUAUCUUCAGAGUUCCCAAGUAAUCCUGAUGGUAGCAAAGCUGCCGAAACUAUAGUUUUUAUUUAUUUAACUUUCUUCUUUUCAGUACUGAUCUUAUUAGUAGUAGUGAAGGAAAAAAGUCGACUUUGUAAGCCAUUGGAGGAAGAGUGUUCAUCGACAAGGGAUGAAAAUGAUUAUUGUUCAGUAUCCGAAACUCAAGAAAUUACUUUUACGGCGUUAUUUACAUCAAGUUUAUCAGUAUUACGCUACUGCAGAUAUUUAAUGCUUUUCUUUAUAUGGAUUGGGUUUCUGGUAAAUCUAAUUAAUAAUGAAUUUAAAAAGCAAUCUCUUGACCAGCAAAUUGCGACAGAAAUUUAUUGCUGCAGACCGGAUCCACAAUAUUCAGGAUUUUUGGGGCUAGCAUAUUUAAGAAUUUUAACGGUUAUUUUGAGCUCGAGCCUUUAUGGUAACCGUAAGCCUGAAGAAAAGAUUAUGGAGACUGAUACAUCAUUAUGCCACUGUUUAUGCUCAAAGAAAACAAGAAAAGUGAUAUAUGUAUCUAAUGAUCUAUUAAAGUUGUUUUGGCUAGGAUCAGCUUUAAUUAUGUCUACAUAUUAUGAAAUUUAUGGAUCAGGAAAUACAUUAAGCCUCGAGAACUUGGACUUGAACACUUUAUAUUCCACUUGUAGAUCGUCCUUGCCAUUGUCUUUGAUCAUUUUUCAGCUAGAAAAUCUUUGUCAAUCAAAAGAAAAUGCAAUGAGGGCAUGCUAUAAAAGCAUUAAUAUAAUGGAAAAGGCAUUCCAGAAAGCUGUAUCAGUCAACCCUAGAAUAAUAACGUUACCUUCGGAAGGCAAUUCGCUGCAGAAAAUAUACUUGGACAACAACGACGUACUUGUUAGUGAUCUCGAUGAAAAAUUACGGGCAGAUGUUAUGAACAAGUUAAAAGAGAGCGGCAAAAAUGAUAUGGGAUGCAAGAUUAAGCUUGAUGUCAUUGUCAACAAUGGGAAAUUUAGUUUCGAAAAUUUUUUUAUUGUAAUUUUUAAUCAAGAAGGCAAGACUACAUUAGAUCGUAAAUUAACCAAUGGUUUAAAAUCUGCAGUUUACGAUCAUUAUAAAGAAAAGAAAUCAAACUGUAGUUUAGAAAAAAAAAAAAUUACAUAA